AUGAACUCCCAGCAGUUUCGCGAAGCUGCCCAUGCGGCGAUUGAAGAGAUCAUCGAAUACAAUGAAACCCUCCCCACCCGCCGCGUCCUCAGUGCCGUAACCCCCGGCUACCUCGCGCCCCUCCUCCCCUCCUCCGCUCCCACCUGCCCCGAACCAUUCUCCCAGAUCCAGCCCGACAUCUCCGCCCACAUCAUGCCCGGCCUAACGCACUGGCAGCACCCAAACUUCAUGGCCUUCUUCCCCGCCACGACCUCCUACCCCUCCAUGCUCGCCGAGCUCUACAGCGCCGCCUUUACAGCCCCAGCCUUCAACUGGCUCUGCUCGCCCGCGGUGACGGAGCUUGAGACCGUGGUGCUGGACUGGGUGGCGCAGAUGCUGGGGCUGCCGGAGGAGUUUUUGAGCAAGGGUGAGGGAGGCGGGGUUAUUCAGGGGACGGCGUCCGAGGCGAUUGCCGUGUGUAUGGUUGCAGCGCGGGAGAGGGUGUUAGGGCGGAUGCUGGACAAGGAGGGGCUGAAAGAUGGGACGGAGGAGUGGGAGGAUCGGAAGGGGGAGUUGAGGGGACGGCUUGUCGCGUUGGGAAGUGAGCAGGCGCAUUCUAGUACGCAGAAGGGGGCGAUCAUUGCGGGGACGAGGUAUCGGAGCGUGCCGGCGCCGAGGCAGGAUGGGUUUAGAAUGACCGGGAAGAAUUUGCGGGAUGUGUUGGAACGGUGUAAGCGUGAGGGUAAGGUGCCGUACUAUCUGACGGUGUCGCUGGGUACGACGUCGACUUGCGCGGUGGAUGAGUUUGAGGAGAUUGCGGAGGUGUUGAAGGAGUGGCCGGACGUAUGGGUCCAUGUUGAUGCAGCGUAUGCUGGUGCGGCAUUGGUGCUGCCGGAGUAUCAGCAUCUAACGAAAGCCUUCGUGCACUUUGACAGUUUUGAUAUGAACAUGCACAAGUGGCUACUCACGAACUUUGACGCCAGCUGCCUCUUCGUCCGCCGCCGCCACGACCUUACCUCCGCCCUCAGCAUCACCCCGUCGUACCUACGGAACACAUUCUCUGAUUCCGGUCUCGUAACCGAUUACCGCGAUUGGCAAAUCCCGCUUGGUCGACGCUUCCGGGCCCUGAAAAUCUGGUUCGUGCUCCGGAGCUACGGCAUUGACGGCCUGCAGUCCUACAUCCGCAACCACAUUGAGCUUGGCGAGCUCUUCCACUCCCUAGUGAAAGGACGCCCUGAUCUCUUCUCUGUCCUGACCGGCCCAGCUUUCGCGCUGACAGUCAUAACGGUUGUGCCUAAGAGGCCGCAACAGAUGAGAAACGCGAGUAAACCGGAUCCGAGGCAUGAAGCUUUCACGAACGACUUCACGCCUGAUGCGGAGAAGCAGGCGCUGCUGGAUGCGAACGCUGUGACGAAGGAGGUUUAUGAGCUUGUAAAUAGCAGGGGUGAGAUUUUCAUUACGAGCGGCGUCGUAGAUGGUACCUACACGAUCAGGAUUGUCAGUGCGAACGCGAAUACUGAAGAGAAGUAUAUCAGGAGAGCGUUUGAGAUUUUAGUGGAGACGGCAGAGGAGGUUCUGGGGAAGGGCGAAGCGAAUGGCAGUGCUAGCUAA